AUUUUUAAAAUAUCCCGCGUUUUAAUACAUGACGUUAACCAAGGUUAUGUAACUCUUUACCUGUUGUUAACUUCCUGGUAGAAUACCUUGGCGUUGUUUCAGACUAUAGAGUACAUGUAAUGGCAGCUACCCAGCCUUUUUGCGACAUUUGUGACCACCGACAUGUUACAAAACCGUCCACUGUCUGGUGUCUUGAAUGUGAACAGGCAUUUUGUGAUGAUUGUAACGAGUAUCAUGGAUUUUCGAGGUUGUCCCAAAAUCAUGUUACUGUAUCGAUUCAGGACCAUUUGUCGAUGUCUCCAUCUAUUUCGCAAAUCAGUCAUAUGUGCAUGGAGCAUAAUGAGCAAUACCAAAUGUUUUGCCAAGUUCACGAAGAACCUAUCUGCCCUAAAUGCAUUGAGAAACAUGAUGGAUGCAAAGGUAUAGUACCCCUUAGUAAGGUCAUAGAAAACGUUAAAAAGUCCUCACUUUUCCAAGAAACACAACAAAGUUUGAAAGAUAUAAAUGGAAACAUCAAAACUCUACAGAGUGAACUAAAUAAACAAACAAAAAAUAUAAAGGAACAAGAAGAGACGAUAUUGUCCAAGAUCAGCGAUACAAAGAACAAGAUUAAUGACCACUUAGAUAUAUUGGAAAAGAAGAUCAGAAAGGAAAUAUCUGAGAUCACAGCAAAAUUAAAUAAUGAUAUGAACCAAACACUACAUGUACUAGAAAGCAAAAAUAAUAACAUAAACAAUGCUGAACAACAGUUAAAAGACCUUGGCAGAUUCGCGACCGACCUUCAAACGUACUUUGGAUUACGGAAUAUCUCAUCCGAAGCAGCUACAACUGAGUCGUACUUGCAGUCGAUCAUUGGAGACAACUACUUGGAUGAAACUACUUUACUCUUCAACAUUGAUGAAAAAAUAGACAACACUACCAAUAUUAUCCAAACAUUUGGGUCGGUUAAGGUACAUAAAGCUCCUUGUCAAAUUAACCUCGUCACAAAAAAAACUAAACAAGCUCAACUAGUCGGGACUAAGAUCAAAUCUAUCACUGAUAUAAAAUUAAGGCUAAUCAAAACCAUAAAAACAGGAGUUUCAUGCAUGAAAGGAAUUGUUUCUUUACCAAGCGGAAACAUCGCCUUAAGUGACUAUUCCAAAACUCCCGGGGAAGUAGUUAUUUUUGGUACCGACGGAGAGAAACUUAGUAAAGUCACAGUUAAACCUGCCAAAUCAUUUGAUAUAACAUUUAUAGAUGAUAGAACGUUAGCUUCAACGUCACCUUUGCACUCGCUCACAGGCGUCUGUAUUAUCGAUAUUGAGAAAAAGAAAAUAUCAAAGUAUAUUCCAACAAACUACCAGAACUAUGGAAUAAAACACCACGAUGGGUCAUUGUUCGUUUGUGCAUCGAAAGAAGGUAUUUUCAAAAUAAACCCUCAGGACGGAAGAAGUACAGCUAUCGUCAGGUCUGCUUUACCUUCAUGGUCAUAUAUUGACAUUUUUUAUAACAAAAUUUAUUAUACUAAUGAUUACACUGAAAGUGUUACAUGUUGUCACAUGAACGGAAAGGCAGUUUGGAUAUUUAAAGACGAAAAUAUCUUGAAAUGUCCACGUGGCUUAGCAGUAGAUAACUCCGGAAACGUGUAUGUUGCUUGUUCAACAUUACAUCGGGUUGUGGUGAUAUCACCUGAUGGACAACAAAACAGACAACUGCUGUCUCGAGAGGAUGGAUUGGAAAGUCCGUGUGCGAUUCAUUUUGACAGAAAAAACAAUUGUCUGUUGGUGGUAAAUAGCAGCAACAUGUUUUUUAUCUAUGAAGUUAUAAAUUAGAACUUUCUAUACGCAGCAUAUAAAUCCAAAAUAACAAGAACUUGCAAAAUGAAUAAAAAUUAUAUAGUAAUAUAGUUUAUUUUACUACA